UUCCUCCUGAUAUAUCAACUUGCCGGGCAACAUCAGCAAAACCCUCCAUGAUCCCACAAGCCUUUGUGUUCUUUCCUUUGAUGCCCACUGAUACAAAGUACUUAUUUAAGCCUUCUUCCUCUGGCUUCUGGCAUAAAUUCCCUUCUUUGUCCAUGAAUGGACCUAAACCCUCCCGAGUCAACAUCUUGCUUUUAAGGUAAGUACAAAGUGCGUUGGGAUUCUACUCUUAAUCCUAAUCACCAAGGACAUUUCAUGGUGUUAAUGCAGGAGUUUGAGAAAUGCUGUAGGGGGUAUUCCCGCAGUCAGAACAGAUCUGCAGUGACUUGGGGAUCUUGCAGACUGAUUCCACUGUUGGGGUCUGAUGAUCCUACAAUCUGAGCAGUGUUGAAGGCAUUCAGCAUCUUACAUUCUGAACAAGACUCUGAGGUUAAGUAUACCACGUCCUGUGCAGAAUUUUAUUGUCUGUUGAGAAUAGCAUGGGACAGAAAAGUGCAAGAGUCCAAAUGGAGGAAGGAAAAUAAAACAAGUUUAAAGAGAGUGUCUGUUCUUUUGCGUCCUGAGAUCCUGCUCUUCCUGAGCUGCUUCCUAUUGCCACUCUCCAUCUGUUUUUUCCUGUCCCAAAAAUUCUGUCAGUGUUUGUAGACAAAGAGAGGGUUAAUUUCCAUCACUGAUGUUGUCAACUGCACCCAGUUCACUGGGGAUCAGGCCCCUUAUGCAUGGGAGCCCGUUUCUCCCUGUUUAAGGCAAGGUCCUGAUAGAUGAGUGAAACCGAUGGAGUCAGUACACAAUGUGUUGUUAUCUCAGAGCCUGCAGCUGGCAGGUAUUCUUCCCUGAGACCCUACUGGUUUCCUGACUGUUCACAUGUCUCCAUCCUGUGAUUCUGAGUUUGGGAAUUAGUGCACGCCUCGCAAGGUGUUUCCUCCCCCACUGAUUGGUUUCAUAUCCUGAUUGUUUUCCCUCCUGAUUUGAGCAGUUGUUACAAGCAAGAGACAGAGAGCAGGCACAAUCGGAGCUGGAAACCUCUCCUACUCAUUUUCUUCGUGUGUGAGUUGUAUCCGGAGUUAGCAUCAACAUUUUAUACAGAGAGCAGCAAGGAUGUCCUGUUGAUCUGAAGCAAGUUUGGUCUCAUUGCUGUUGGAUGUGAUUUUUACAAGGCUGCCAGUGAAUUUCGCUGUGAGUUUCUGCGGUCUGAUCUGUGAGUUUGGAUCUUGUCAACAGUUCCUUUGGUCCCUGCUGAUCCCCAGGGGGAGCUCCCCUCUGUGGCCAAGAAGGCACGGCUAAGGGACAACAGACCAAAAACACCAGUUUAACUUGUCGCUUGCUGCUCUGAGUGAUGUGAUGUCGAUGGUUAGUGCACGGAGCAUGCCUCUCAGUCCGACAUCCAGGAAACAUGAGGAGGAGCAGCAGCAGAACCCUUGCAACUGCAGCGAGGGUGAAGAGGAGGAGAGUUUCAGCAGAGAGGACACGAUCUACCAUACCAUUAGACCAAGUACAGCAGCUAAAACCGGCCACCAAAUGGACAAUCCUGCGCCGAGCACUAUAAUCAUUCGCAUUGGGGUACCGGACUUGGAGCAAACGAAAUGUAUGCGGUUCAAUCUUGACGCCCCCGUAUGGGUGUCUAAGCAACGGAUUCUGUGCACUCUCAACCAGACUCUAAAGGAUGUGCUAAAUUAUGGGCUCUUUCAACCCGCAAACAACGGGAGGGUGGGGAAGUUUCUGGAUGAGGAACGUCAACUCCGAGAAUACCCAACGUUGCCUGACACCCCGAUACCAUAUCUGGAGUUCCGAUAUAAGAAGCGAGUGUACACGCAGAGUCACAUAGAAGAGAAGCAACUGGCCAAACUCCACACAAAGGCGAAUCUUAAGAAGUUUAUGGAGUACAUCCAGUAUCAUCACGUAGAGAAAGUUGGUAAACUGUUAGAGAAAGGAUUGGAUCCGAAUUUCCAUGAUCCUGACAGUGGAGAAUGUCCAUUAACGUUGGCUGCACAAUUGGAGAGCACAUCUGAAAUCAUCAAGUUGCUGAAAAGUGGGGGAGCUCAUUUGGAUUUUAGGACCCGGGAUGGAUUAACAGCUUUACACAAGGCUGUACGAUGUCAGAAUCAUGCAGCACUAAUAACCCUAUUAGAUCUGGGUGCUUCUCCAGAUUACAAGGACAGCCGGGGGUUAACACCUUUGUACCAUAGUUCAAUGGUGGGAGGAGACCCUUAUUGUUGUGAACUGAUUCUGCAUGACCGUGCCAAUGUGGGUUGUAUGGAUGAAAAUGGCUGGCAGGAAAUCCAUCAGGCUUGCCGGUAUGGGCAUGUGCAACAUCUAGAACACCUACUGUUUUAUGGAGCGGACAUGAGCACACAGAAUGCCUCGGGGAACACUGCUCUGCAUAUUUGUGCACUCUACAAUCAGGAAAGUUGUGCAAGGGUCCUUUUAUUUAGAGGAGCAAACAAAGAAGUUAAGAAUUACAACAGCCAAUCAGCAUUCCAGGUUGCCAUUAUAGCUGGGAACUUUGAAUUGGCCGAGAUUAUUAAGAACCACAAGGAAGCAGAUGUUGUGCCUUUCAGAGAAACCCCAAGCUACACUAAUAGGCGACGAGGUGGAGGAAGUGCCCUCUCAUCCCCACGUACGCUGCUACGAUCCACCAGUGACAACAACAUCAACAAUUUUGCAGGCCGUUCCACCCAUUCACCUGUGCCAUCUGUCAGAAGCCUGCCACCUCAGUUACUGGCACAGAUGCAGGAGGGUACCGAGGGAGGCCAGCAGAGUACAGCAAGCUCACGAAGUUCACACAGCCGAUCGCCCUCGUUGCAGUGUGUCCAGGAGGAAAGUGAGGCCAACACCCCCAUUUUCAGGAGGCAGACUAAAGCCAGGCUCAGUCCAAGCACCGAACCCAACCCAACUCCAUCGGCCGCCCCCGCUCACAGAGGACCCAAGCGCAAACUGUACAGUGCGGUCCCGGGACGGACCUUCAUCGUGGUGAAGCCUUACCAGCCCCAGGGGGAGGGCGAGAUCCAACUGCACCGAGGGGAACGCGUCAAAGUACUGAGCAUUGGUGAAGGAGGUUUCUGGGAAGGGACAGUAAAAGGUCGUACUGGGUGGUUUGCAGCAGAAUGCGUGGAAGAGGUACAAAUGAGACAGUACAACACACGGCAAGAAACUCGUGAAGACCGGACAAAGCGACUCUUCAGGCAUUACACAGUUGGAUCCUAUGAUAACUUUUCAUCUCACAGUGAUUAUGUCAUCGAAGAGAAGACAGCACUGCUUCAGAAAAAAGAGAACGAGGGAUAUGGCUUUGUCCUCCGAGGAGCUAAAGCUGAGACUCCAAUUGAAGAGUUCACACCCACGCCAGCAUUCCCAGCUUUGCAAUACCUGGAAUCAGUGGACGUGGAGGGAGUGGCAUGGAAAGCUGGGCUCAGGACAGGAGACUUCCUGAUUGAGGUCAACAACAUCAAUGUGGUGAAGGUUGGACACAAGCAAGUGGUCUCCAUGAUCCGACAGGGAGGAAAUAACCUGCUGAUGAAGGUGGUGACAGUCAGUCGAAAGCCAGAACUCGAAGAUGGGAUGAGGAAAAAAGGUCAGGCGCUAGUUAAUGCCCCACCACCCCCGAAGAGGGCACCAAGUACUACGUUGACUCUCCGCUCCAAAUCCAUGACUGCUGAACUCGAGGAGCUAGAAAAAUUGGACGAGAUCCUCGCAGCAGCUGAUCGUUCAGUUAGGCCAGAGAACGUGGCGGCAGACUCUCGAGCUGCAACAGUCAAGCAACGACCCACAAGCAGGCGCAUCACAUCAGCAGAAAUCAGUUCAUUAUUUGAGCGUCAAGGAAUGCCCUCAAAGUCAACCCCACCAUCUGUUCCAGAAAAGCCACACCUCCCAAUGCCUAGAAGAAUGUCACGGACAAAGUCUAUAGGAGCCUCUGAGGAUGAUAAACUUUCAGUUACAGCAAUGGAAGGAAGGUUUUUACGCAGCACAUCGAUGCAAGAUACUCUCCGGGAAGGACUAGGCAUACCCCCACCUCCGCAGAUUGCCCCACCACCCCCACCCUCUCCUUACCUUUUAGACACAGGUCCUCCACCUCCUUUCUCACCACCCCCACCCCCUGGAAGAAGUUACGAUAAUGUGCGUUCCAGCUUUAAACCCAACACAGAAGCGAAAGUUCAUGGAGGCCAGCAGGUAACAACAACAGCAGAGGUCUAUGAACCAAAUCGGUCUCCUGUGCCUCCGGUAGAGAGGCAGAAAAGGGCCAGGUCAAUGAUAAUCCUGCAGGAUUCUUCCUACUAUCCUGUGGAGGCAACUGACAUCUCAUGGCCAAGCCCCUCACCAACUCCUCAAGAUAAAAGCAAACGAAAGGCAAAGGUAGUUGAUAACCCAUAUGCAAAUGUGGGCCAGUUCAACGUGGGACUUUUUGCACCAACAAAACCGCUUCGUAAAAAAAGCCCUCUGGUCAAGCAAUUCCAGGUUGAAGAUGCUAUAGAGAGAGCAUCAGCAGUUGGCUCGUCUGGGGCUGGUAAAGAGUUAUUAGCCAGAAGGAUAGCCCAGCAGUCUGGCAAAGAAUAUGAGCAGCUGCAGAGAGAAGGAAUCAGUAAAGCACAGGACGAUGGACAAGAUCUGGCCAGUCCCUUUGCUGUUGCUAUUGCAGGAGCAGUACGGGACCGAGAAAAAAGGUUGGAAGAAAAGAGGAAAUCAACAGUCUUCCUUUCUGUGGGUGCCAUUGAAAGCGAAACAGCACCCAACAUCCCAGCCCUGCAACAGUCCAGGUCAGUCGAUGAGAGACUGCUGAGUAGCAGCGAUAGGUCUCUCCGAUCACCAAUCCCUUCCCCUAUUCCUUCCUCAAGGCCACCAGCAAACACGCCUGUGACUUUUAUACAUCCUCUCACAGGGAAACCGCUGGAUCCUAACUCACCACUGGCACUUGCGCUGGCCGCAAGGCAGCGGGCACUAGUCGCUGAAACACAGCAUCAGCGAGCAACUGGAAGCAAUGAAACUGUAAAAGCCCAAGAAAGAAAAACUCCAGUCUACAUGGAGAGUCACAUCAAGGAGGCAAAGAAAACAGAAGUUGAAACACUCAUAUCACCACCUUUCUCACCAGAGGACAAAGCGAGCUAUAGUCCCACAUCCGGAGUGACUGCAAAGCACCAGUGGGGAACCUCUGCUACACUGAGGAAAGAAGCAGAAUCAAGGCAGGGACAAAUGGAGAAAGCUGAGAGAGAAGAAAAGAAAGUGGAAGAGAAGAAAAGUAUGCUAAUCAACAUUGUAGAUACAUCACAACAGAAAACGGCAGGCCUACUGAUGGUCCAUGCAACAAGUAAUGGCCAAGAGUCAGAACUUCAAGAUACUUCAACAACUGCCUUGAAGCCAUUGUCACCACAGCCUCAACCAUUCCUUUCAGAGCCACAAGCUUCCCAGCCACUUUGUGCUGUUUCUGAGCCUCCAGCUACUGAAGCACCUGGGAAACCACAAACUCAAGGAAGCUCUGAUGAAGAUAUGGAAUCAUUUGCUGUUUCCCUCCCUCCAAUUCUCUCCUCAAGUGAUGAGGAAACGAGAGAGGAACUUGCAAAGAUUGGACUUGUACCACCUCCUGAUGAAUUUGCAAAUGGCAUCUUCAUCCAAGCCAAGGCUGAGAAAACUGCCAUCCAUCCCAGUGGACCCCCAACUACAGCACCUUCAGCUCCUGGCGUUUCACCCUCAGGGAAGCCAACAGAUGCCCCACCUUCAGAAGCAAGUGUGGAUUCGGGUGUAGAAGAAAUAGAUACAAGAAGCAGUAGUGACCAUCACCUGGAAACCACAAGCACGAUUUCAACUGUCUCCAGUAUGUCAACAUUGUCAUCUGAGAGCGGGGAGCCCUUGGAUACCUACACAUCAUUUGCUGAUGGACAGACCUUCAUACUCGAGAAGCCUCCAGUGCCUCCAAAGCCAAAGCUAAAGUCCCAACUCAACAAAGGGCCAGUUACAUUCAGGGACCCUCUCUUGAAGCAGACCUCAGACAGUGAGCUUGUUGCCCAACACCAGCCGUCUGCGUUACCCCCCGGCGUCGGACGGUCUCGCUACCUCAUACAGAGAAAAUCCAAGUUGUGGGGGGAUCCAAUUGAGCCCAGGCCUAUUCAGAUGGUGGAGGGCAGCAAACCCACUGUAAUAAGUGAGCUGAGCUCCAGGCUGCAACAAUUGUCUAAGGAUACUCAUUCACUCGGGGAUGAGCCUACAGCGGCCUCUCUAGAAGUAGGAAAGAGAUCUCCUGUUGUCACUGCAAGACUAUUCAGUAGUUUAGGAGAGCUGAACACGAUAUCCCAGCGGAGCUUCGGGGCGACAUUCACCAUCCGUCCUGGCUCCAGGCACCCAGUUACCCGAAGGGCUCCUAGUCCUGGGAAACCUGGCAUCGAUUCAAGGACAGAAGCCGGCAUCAGCUCACCAAGGCCCUCACCUCUCUCCACCCCGACACAGACCCCUCCCACCAUCCUGAAAUCUUCUAGCCUCAACAUUCCUCAUGAGCCAAAGGAGGUGCGGUUUGUGGUGCGGAGUUCCAGUGCUCGUAGCCGCUCCCCAUCUCCAUCUGGUAUCCCCAUGCAUUCUUUACUCCCCCCCAAACCCUUCUGCCAAAAGCCUAUGGUGAUGUGGAACAAGUAUGACGUAGCAGACUGGCUCGACAGUCUUAACCUAUCAGAACACAGAGAGAGCUUCUUACAUAAUGAGAUUGAAGGCUCUCAUCUACCUGCCUUGACAAAAGAAGACUAUGUAGAACUUGGAGUUACAAGAGUGGGACAUCGAAUGAACAUAGAACGUGCUUUAAAACAUUUUAUUGAUAGCUAGCUUGGCCGGUGGGGGAGAUGGGAAAUUGGGAGGGUAGGGUGGGUCUCAACUGGUCUGGGUCUUCAAGGAGAGGAGAUGGGGUUAUUUUUUAAAAAAGAAAAACAUUACACUGCACUGAAUGGUGGAAAAGGGCAGAGCUAAAUCUGAGUGGCGUUGCUAUGGUUAAUGUUGCAUGAAUAUUAUGGGAUGUUGCUUGGUGUUGUUCCCACUGAAGCUCGACCAAGGUUCAAAUGAGAAUCACAAUUUUUUGUUUUCGUAGAUAAAGAUAAACGAGAGAAAAAAAUCAGCGAAUAUUUCAUUCCGUUGCCUUUGAAUAACAGUUGCUUGGAAAGGGGAUCUCUGGCUUUCUUCUUUUAGACUGCAAUUUUUUUGCAUAAACCAGAAGCAAGCAGAAAUUCCCUUCGGACUUUGGAUGAGUUGUGUUAUCUUCAGGAGAAUGUUUAAAAGAGUAAAUCAAACCCAGUGUUUUCUGAAUUGUACAAGUUUAUUUGAAAGUCCCCUAUAUUCUGAGGCAGGAGGAAGGGUUCAAUGUUCAAUCACAGAUAAGAAAACAAAUCAGAGAAGCUUCCCCUCCAAGUGCUAGUUUGAGAUAUAGGGAAACAUCCUGGAUCUAGUCCAACCACAAAGAAUACUCAUCUUUUUACCAAUUAUAUAUUUGAACAAAAAUAAUAUAAAAAUGUUUUUAUGUUACAAUUUUGCUAGAACUAUAUACAUAUACUAUUAUAAGAAAAUGUUACAUUGAUUCUUCCAAAUAAUUUGAUUAUUAAGAUUUGUCGCUUUUGCGAUAUGGUAGAAGCAAGGAAACUUGGACAUUUUAGCGCUUUUAACAUUAUUCAUCCAUAAACCUAUUCAAUAUGAAUUUUUUAUUUUUGUUGUCAUAUAAACAGAUUUAAGCAGAAAUCUAUGGAUUAGACUCACAUGCCUGACAUGUAUCCAUAUGACUGCUUUAUACCCACCACCGGCAAUCAGGUUUUGAAGUUGCCUUUACCUAACCAUACCGUUUGAAAGCAGCGCUACUCAGCUGCGGGUCAGUCCCAAACCAUGCUAAUGUUGGACAUAUUUUUUCAUUUUAUGAACAGUGGUGGGACAAACUAAAAAAUCAAUACGACCCUUUCACUGUGUAUAUACCCUUUAUUGAAAUGUACUGUACCUUUAAGAGUUACUAGAAUUUUAAGAAGUUGCUAUUCCAACAGUGCUAUUCCAAAAGGGCACCAAGAAACCACAGCAUAUACAUGUUCAUAGUUAAACACACAUGCACACAUAAUAUUUUUCAUAUGCUUCAGUAUACACAAAUUUGCUGAGGCAUUGUCUCAUCAUCCUCCCACAUUCACAUUCUCACUCAUGAAUACUGCCGCAGACUAUCACUCAUGAAAUAGGUUCAGUAUUACUGUUGCACAUAUACAUAUUUGUUUUCAGAUACCCUGGAACUGUUUGUAACACUGCAAUUCAUUACAUCACAGAACAGUGUUAUAAAUGAGACAUUACUGAAGGAAGUUUAUCUAUUCUCCAAGGCAGCAGAUUAGGAAAGAAUUGUGAAAGGAAGAUUGCCAAUCUUAUCGAUCAGUAAAUAUUACAAAGAUAUGUUAACAUCUUCCUUUGUUCAGCCAUGGCGGUGUCGGGGAUUUUGUUGAUUGCGCAAGAUCAAAUAGGCUCGUCUGAGGAUCCAAAGCAAAUGGAAAACAUUGUUCUCCUUUUUCAUCUAUUCUUGGGCAACAAACUGAGAAAGAGAAAGCCAGUUAUUUCCUGAUCCAGAACCAAUGAUUAGUAUUUUUUUUAAUUAAAGGAAUCUUUAUUAAAAAGGAAACUCAAGGAAGAAAAUGAUUAAAAGGUAUGGGCAAGCAAGUAGGGAGAGGCGAAAGCAACAUUGUGACAGUCUUAACUUAUGGAUGAUGUUGUGGUUUCUACUUUGAAAAAAUCUUUCUAAUCCUAUUAGUAAAAUUAAUUUAUUUCCGUGGCUGUAAUCAGGUACCUGAAAUGAAAAAUAGAGAAUGAAAUCAGAUUGAGGAAAUUGAGACAGGAAUUGGGUAGUAAAGCCAGUUUGUGGUAAUUGACUCUAAUAGAUGAAUUCACUCAAACAGAUCAACAAAACUAAUAUUUCUUCUUUUGCAGUCAUUAUCAUUAUUUUAACCCAGUUAAAUUUGGUCAUUACAAAAUUACACUUAAUUCUUUAUUACUUAAAACUAAAUGAGCAGUUUUAUUCUUAACUUCACCUCAACAAAAGGAACAAAAAUACCAGAAAUACUCAGCAGGCCAGACAGAUUCAACUGAAAAACAGAGUUAACAUUUCAGGUCAAGAUUAGAAAGGGAUUUCCUAAAUGUUUUUUUUUAAAUGUACUCUGCAAUACAGAAACUAUUCUGAGGUUGAGACCUGAAUACAUUGUUAGGACAGUGUAAAUAAAGUUUACUCUAUCCCUAAUUUGUAAGAGUGUUUGAUGGGAUAGUAUAAUGUUAUUUUCCUACUUUUCCUGUGCUUUAACAGGAUACUGGAUGAGUUACCCAAAAUCUUGAGGAUCAGAAAUGUUAUAACAAGAAACCUUUCCAAUAGAAAGGAAAUGGAAUUAAAAUGAGAUUAUGUAUAGAAUAAAGACUGAAACUCAAACAAGAAAAUGAGACAAAAAUAAAUUACAGUAUGUGAAUAAUGGAAAAUGGGAGUAAAUUGAAAUUGGAAAUGAGAGUUGAGACUUUAAGACGAGACAGAUAUCUGUACAAGAGACGUAGUGACAAUUGAAGUGAGACUUUACAUAUCAGGAAGACUUAACAAAACCAACCAUGUGUCCCAUUCUUUGUAGAAUUGUGGCACUUUAUGAAUUCCCAAUGGCCCACUCCUUAUAUGUGCCUCUCCUGCUUGGAGAUUCAGAGACAAGGAGUGGAAGUUAAAGUUUACAAGCCAGCGUUGCACUCAGGAUCCACAGUUUGCUUCUGGAUCCAUGGGUUAAGAAGCAGGAAAAAUAUUAUCCAGGUUCCUCAGCCUGAUCAAUAUCUGUUUACAUCCUUUCCCUGACUUGUUUCGGCCAUUUCAGGAUGCUGAGGAGGGCAGGAUCAGGCUUACCUGAGAUGUUGCCUAGAAUGGCAAAUAGCCUGCCGGCAUUCAUGCCAAUGCUCACACUUGAAACAUGGCCACUUGAGUAAAGCUCUCUUAGGGCUACCAGUGACCAUUGAUGUUGAGCUGAAACCCAAAACAAAGCAAUGCUAUCAUAAUGGGAUAUUAAGAAGUAGGUGAAAAGUUGGAAGCGAGUGAAGGUUCAAUACUGAAGUUGGAAACUGAGAAUUGACCAAAAAUGAAGUGGGAAAUGAGUACACUAGGAAUGGACAUGAGGCAUGUCCAGUGAAAUCCACACCAGAACCAGUUUUCUGGGACAUGAGGAAAGAGCAGGUUUGACACAAUGGUAAGAACAGACCUUAUCAAUAUUCAGGGUCUAACCUAAAAUUUAAAAAGCUGUUAUUUACAAAAAUGUCAGUAGACCAAGAGACAGCUUUAUACAUCACGCUUACCAUCUCAGCAUAUGCAUAACUCCCUAUCCCCUCCUCAAUAUGUACCCUAUCUUAAUUUGACAACCUUCCCUUCUCUGUCAUCACUCUAAUUCCUCACUCUGUAUUACAAACUGACCUAUUCACUUCACAUAUUACUCAUCCCAACCCAUCCUUCUUGCUAUUCCUGUUCACUUUCUCCCCAUAUUCCUCAAAACCAAACCACACAUCUUCACUCAUACCACUGAAGCAACCCAGAUUCCCCACAUUCUUCAAUCAUCCCAUUAAUUUUCUCCCCAAAUUACUCAAUGCCACUUCAUCAACCUUUGACCAUUAUUUGAAUGCACUUACCCAUUGCUCCCACAAUUCAAGAGUUUUUAUUUGUCAUUUGGACCUCAUAUUAACCAGAAUAAUGAGAGCUCUAUUUUGAUGCACCAACAGAAUAAAUAUACAAUGAAUUAUCAAUUAUUCCAAGUAAACCAGCACUUAAAAGGACAAAAACAAAAUAUUUAGAGCACCCAUAGUGUAAAGUUUGUAUUGGUUUGGUGUUGCACUAGGCUUGUGGUUGUGAUUGUGCAGGUGGUUCCAGAAUAUGAUGGGAAGAAGCUGUUCUUGAACCUGAAGAUAACAGCUCACAUGUUCAUGUACCUGUUUGCUGAUAGCAACAGCAAAAAGAGAGGAUGGCCAGUGUGGUAUGGGUUUUUGAUGAUUUUAGAUGCUCUUUUGAGGCAGCGCUUCUUGUGGAUUUCUUUGAUGAUGCAGUGGUCAGAACUUGUUGUGGGUAAUGUCCAUCAGCCUCUUUUAUAUGUGAGCAUAUGAAUUUCCAAACCAGCCCAGUAUGCUCUCCUCUAUACACCUGUAGAAGUUUGAUAAGAUUAUUCGGUGACAUGCCGAAUCUUCUCAAACCUCUGAGGAAGUUGAGGCAUUGGUUAACUUUCUUUGUGAAGACAUCAUUGUGCUGGCCCAAGGACAAAUCAUCAGAGAUGCAUGCACCCAGGCAUUUCUCUACUGCCAUUCUGAUAGGUGAAGAUACAGAUGAGUGAAUGCUCCCUCUGCUUUCCAUUCCUGAAGUCAACAAACAGCUUCUUGGUCCUGCUAACAUUGAGAGAAAGAUUAUUAAUUUGGCACCAAUCAAUCUCCCUCCCGUACUCUGACUCAUCUUUGCCCAUUAUGUUGGCGAAUUUAAAGUUGGCAUUGGAGCUAUAUCUGACUACAUGGUCAUGAGUAUAGAGGAAGUAGAACAGGGAACUGAGCGCACAGUGCUAGGAUUCUCCUGUGCUGACUGUCAGUGAAGAGGAGGUGUUGUACAGAUUGUGGUCUGCUGAUGAGGAAGUCAAGGAUCCAGUUGCAUAAAGAGGAACAGAGACCCAUUUUCCUGAGUUUGAUGAAGGGAUGAUGGUGCUGAAUGGCAAGCUGGAGUCAAUAAACAACAGCCUGACGUGCGUUUUCCUGUUGUCCAAGUGGCCCUGAGCAUAGUGUAGAGUCAGCAAGGUUGAAUCUGCUAUCAAUCUUUUGUGGUAGUAGGCAAACUGAAGUGGUUCCAGGUAUUACUAAGACAGGAGAUGGUUUGCGACAUAACCAUUCUCUCAACGCAACUCAUCACAAUGGACGUGAGAGCCACUGGCCGGUAGUUGUUGAGGCAUGUCAGCUUGCUCUUCUUGGGCACUGGUAUUAUAGAUGUUUUAAAACAGGUGGUAACCUCGGACCAGAAUAGUAGGAGGUCAAAGAUAUCUGAAGAAUUCAGCCACUCCGUUCAUGCAGAUUUUGAGAAUUUAGUCAGGUACAGCAAAAGGGCCAAAUGCUUUCCACCAAUUUUUAACCCACUUUCCACCCAUAGCAGUCAACCCCACAUAUCCACUUUCAUUUCAUGUUCCUCAAUCCCACUUUGUAUCUCCCCAUAUUACUCAACCAUACUCACCUUGCCCCCACCUUUCUCCAUUCCAUGUAGACGUACAUAUAUCCAUUUGUUCUGUUCCCGCAGUUUUAAUAUACACAUCAAUUUCCCAAGGAAGAUAUUUUGGCCAAUUUUGCAGACAAAAUUGUGCCAUACUCACCUUUUCCUUCAAAGUUCAAAACCUUCGGCGUCACGAAAUUUGCACAAUCAUUUUUGACAGUUUCCCUCUAUAGUCAUCUGAUUAUCAAAACAUUACAUCCUUCAAUACAAGGUGAGAGCUACUAACCAUGACGGUCACUUUUGCUCAUUCCCUGACUCAAUCAGCAUUUAUGCACUUGAUAAUAUGUUGAAAGACUAACAUUUUUUGGAGUGUGGUUAUUGCACCAGAAACUAAGCUGUGCGAUUUUGAAUCAAGAUACUGCUGUGUAACCGAAACGUCUGGUACACAGUUUUCCCAGUGCUCUCUCACUGGUACAGUACAUUUCUUAAAGGGUAUUUAACAUUUCUUAGGUACACAAAAA